AUUAAUGACCCCGCGCGCGCACGCCGCCUGUUAUUGGCAGAUAUGAGGCCAAUGCUGUGGUGCUGAGAGCAGUGCGUCGUGCAUGCAGGAGAAGGACGGAGAGGAGCGUUUCUCUGAGGGAGAAGUUUGAUGGAGGUGCUGAAGAUGGCGGAUGGAGACAGCGGGAGCGAGCGCGGGGGCCUCCAAAACGUCCAGCGGGAGCAGGAGACCCAGGAGCUGGCGUCCAAGCGCCUGGACAUCCAGAACAAGCGCUUCUACUUGGACGUCAAGCAAAACGCGAAGGGCCGCUUCAUUAAGAUAGCGGAGGUGGGCGCCGGGGGCUCCAAGAGCCGCCUGACUCUUUCCAUGUCCGUGGCGGCCGAGUUCCGCGACUAUCUCGGGGAUUUCAUCGAGCAUUACGCCCAGCUGGGGCCGAGCAGCCCGGAGCAGAUUGCGCAGUCGUCCGGCGGCGAUGACGGCGUCCCGCGGCGGGCUCUGAAGAGCGAGUACUUGGUGCGUGAGAACCGCAAAUACUACCUCGACUUGAAGGAGAACCAGCGCGGAAGGUUCCUGCGCAUCCGCCAGACCCUCAACCGAGGUCCCGGCUUCGGCGUCGGGGGAGGGGGCGGUCCCGGAGGCAGCGUGCAGGCCGGCCAAACCAUCGCGCUGCCGGCGCAGGGCUUGAUCGAGUUCCGAGACGCUCUGGCAAAGCUCAUCGACGACUACGGCGGGGAGGACGAGGAGCUCAGCGGGGGGCCCGGGGCCGCGGUGGCCUACGGCGAGCUCCCAGAGGGCACAUCCAUCAUGGUGGACUCCAAGAGGUUCUUUUUCGACGUCGGCUCCAACAAGUACGGCGUGUUCCUGAGGGUCAGCGAGGUCAAGCCCAGUUACAGGAACUCCAUCACAAUCCCCUUCAAGGCCUGGGGGAAGUUCGGAGGAGCCUUCAGCCGCUACGCCGAGGAGAUGAAGGAGAUCCAGGAGAAGCACCAGGAUAAGGUGAACGAGAGGAGAGAAGAGUCCGAGGGCGAGGACGUGGACGACGACUGACCCCAGGAGAUGUGUGGAACAAGUGCAUGAACUGAACUCAAAAUAGCCUACUAAAAUAUUCAUCCGAGAGAAAAAUAGAUCUGUGAAGUUUCAAUGUGGUGAGGUUUUGGGUGGGGGGGGGGGGGGUCGUCUAUUAUUGAAGCCAUGGGGCCAAGGAUGUCUCGUGGGUUUUGAUUUAUUUCUGAUGCUGCCCUGUCCUGUGAAACCAGCUGGUUUAAUUCUCUUGGUUAGCAAUUAAACCUUUGUUACAUCAGCGCUAAGGCUGCUGAAUUAUGAUAAAACCAGGCUAUAAGGGUGCAUACUGUCCAACAUAUUUUUAGAGGAGAUACAUUUAUAUAUAUACAGUAUAGAUAUAACCGUCACUGGCCAUGGUGUGUUUCCUAUAGACGCAGCAUGAGUCUUUCUAAACCUACAUCAGAAGUUGUGUUCUCAGAUGAUUUUUUCCCCUUUUAUAGACCGAUGUUCCCUAAGUUAUUAUUUUAGGCUUUUUUUUUGUUCUCGCAUCAACAUGAGUUUUAUUUGGCCAACUUGAUUGAGCGUCGAAAUAUUUUAAAUUAAGAUUUGGAGCAGCUUGACCCCUGAUUUUGUGUUUGUGUGUCUCCGCUGCUCAUGGCGAGACUUUUUAAAGUCAUAAUCUGACUUCUUUACAGGCAUAAUUGAUGGAAAUGAUUGCUUUAUGGUGUUCUAUCUUGACACUAUGGACCGGUGGGAUAUUUUGGUUUUGGGGUCAACAUACAGAAAGCUUAGUUUUUUCAGACUUGGGUCCAAGUGCCCUCUGAAUAUUUAAGGAUAGAUCGCUUAAAUCAACAGACAUGUGAUGUGAUAUUAGUUAAUAUAAUAAGAAACGAGCUAAAUGGGCGAGUGUAUUUUCACCCCAUCCCCUUUUGCGUUGUCUUUAACUUUAAUGUGAGAUUGUUCUUUAUCAGAGAAUACGUAAACAAACCAGCAUAUUUUUGAAUACACAAAGUAAAAAAUUAUAUAUAAAUGAAAGAAUUAUUUAAGCUCAAGAAGCUAAUUUUGUAAAAAAGAUAAAUUAGCUGGGAUUGGAAGACUGUCCAGUGUAUUUUUUUUGUGGAAGACUAGAACGUAUAUGAGAUUAGCCUUGCGAAAAACGUCACCCUCCCAAGCUCCUCCCACAUCCUUUUUGAGUUUACAGCAUGCACUCCGUUAUGUUACGUUCUUUCUACGCGAUUAAUAUCAAAAGUCUUUUCGGUGGUCUCCAUUUCUGUGCAUGCCCGUCUCUCAUUUGCCUUUUUAUUUAACUUAUUGCUUUCUCUUGCGUAGUAUCUGCAGCUAUAUUAAUGCAAUAUUUUUUGUUUAGCCUUUCACCAAAAAUGUUACUAAAUUAACCAAGUAGACCAGUAGGUUAUGAUGGAGAAAGAUUGUUAACUUUAAACACAUUUCAUCCAUGCACUUUACUAAAAACACAAAAUCCGAUACGCUUGCAUCCACGGCGAAGAAUUUAAGAUUUUUUUUAAUUUUUUUGGGUGCAACAGUGAUUUGUAAAGCCUCCUUUGACCUGUUUUGUGUUAAAUGGCAGCUGUUGAAGUCGUGUGUUCUGCUGUGAUCUUUCCUAAAAUGCAAGACAGACGAAUUGCAUCCUCUGUCAUGAAAUAUUUUCACACAUUCUUAUCUGUUGGCUGCAGAAUUGUUAACGGAUGCCAGUCUCUGGACUCGUUUUCUGUACUUCCACGAUUGCAGCAGCUGUUUAGCUGACUUAGCAGGCCUGUUAUUUAAUGCUAGAAGCAUGAAGAGGGUGAACAUUCCUGCCCUGGCGGCCGUGGAUUCAGCUGUGCCAUUUGCUCUAUAGUGUGGCGAGGCACAAGGGCCCGAUUGUUGAGCCGAUUGCAUGCUCCUGCAAAUGUUAUUACAUCAGCAGACUGCAUUCGCUACACGUGACGGUGGGCCGUAGAAGCCGUCAUUUGGUAUUGUAACGUGUAGCAUACAGCGUUUUCUGCGUUACCUUAAAACUAAAACAGGCCUUUGAUUUGGCAUCCGUGCCUGAACGGCAAUAGAAAGCGUGACACAGCAGCUGUUGGCAGGACAUUCUUGCGUUUCCCCUCCUUCCUCAGCUGCUGUUUCGGGUUGCUCCUCUAAACUGAGCAUUUGUAGACGGGAGGCAUCAAUUGGGACUCGACGGGGCUGAGUUGGCUUUACAACACGACUCGCUGUUCAAGCUCGCUUUAGGAAGGAGACCUGUCAUGUGUUUAGCACUUUGUGGUUACGCUGACGCGUCUAAAUCAGCAGCAUUUGUAGAUCACGUGUGCAUUCAUUUAGAUUGUAUAACCCAUCAGUACUAUUAGUGAAUGUGUCAUGUUGAAGAACUCAAAAAGCCAUUUCAAAGCCGUUUUCUUCACUUUGAAGGGGUAUAGAUGCAUUAAAACACUCUAGGCUGUUAAAUUUCAAAGUGGAGUUUAAUAUAUCGCAGCACUUUUUUUUUUUUUCGUUUAACCUGUCCAUUUAAAAUAUGAAAUUGGGCACAAAUCUCUUGCAGAACACCAGAAAUGUAUUUUCUUUCGACUGAACUUGGCUGUGUUUAUUUCAGAUGUAUUAAAUAUAUAUAUAUAUAUAAAUAUAUUUGUGAGAAUAUGUGCUGUAAAAGUUUUGGUUUCCGCCUUAAUGUCAUUUAAAAAAAACCACGUCAGGGACAGGAAGCAAUACUCAUCCAGAAGUUAAUUUCCUGUCGGGCUCGUCGCCCACUCUCACAAUCGGCCGAUUUGUCUUCCUGUUUUCUGAGGUUGGGAUUUGUGCAGUUCUGUGGGGCAUCCGCACACUUUUCGAAUGAACAAUACCUCUGUACAACUGUAUGAAAGGUUGGGAAACUUCUGAUUGAAUGUUCUGUUAUUCCAGGUUACUCACCCGAGCUCUUAACAGCAUCCAUGUGUCAACCACGCUUUACCUGAACAUACGCACAAGAGCAGCAAUUCAUAGAACAAUCUUUAUCGAAAGGUAGCUAUUUUUUCCAGUAUCUUAUAUGUUCAGCAGAGAUUUUAACAUCUGAAUGCCCUCGUCUGGUUUAAACUCAGGUUCUUGGCAUUCUCAGUAUAUAUAUAUAUAUUUGCUCGAUUAAUUUUCUAUCUGUUACUUGAUACUGAAGUUACGGAGCGAGUUCAUGUUUACUGCAGGACACUGUCAAGAGCUCAGGUCUCAGAUACUCAAAGUAUCUUCACCCAUCCCAUCAAAGCCCUGUCCCAUAGACUGCCUCUAUCAGAGCGGGCAGCCCUCCAUUUUCCCCAUGGUUAAACCUUUUUUUUUUUUUCUUUGGAGAUUUACAAGUCUAUAUUUAGAAGAUGCUAUGUUUGUUUGUAACAGAAAUAAAGGAAAUUAUAAAUGAUGGAAAGCAAA